CUUUCGUGAGAUUCACAUGCUCAAACAAUAAAUCUAUGCACACAGAAUAAAUGUUGUAUAAUUAUAGAGAAUUUUACUUUUAAGCAACCGAAUUUUCAGGCAUUGUAUUGGCCAAACUGAUGUUGAUCCAAGAAGGAUGUUAUGGCGCCGUGAACUGGGUUGAGAAGUGGUACAGAUUACAAAAUGAAUCGUGUUUUUUGUAGGACGUUUAGAAUAAGUUCCAGUCGUGUGCUGCAUAUGAAGUCAUUACUGAGUGGGAGUCCAUUUUUAAAGUCUGCACCAAAAACGAUAUCUUUGGCACGUCGCAGUUUUUGUGAAGUGUACAAACCUAACCUACAAUGUAUAAGAUAUAAGUCUACAAAGAAUAAACAGUCUCAGUCGGCGGAGGAAUCAUCAGAUUCUGAUUCAGAGGAUGAAAAGGACUUCGAUGAAGGAAUCCCAGACAAAAGUGCAAAGAUUGUAGCAGUAAAAGUACCUUCUCUUCGUACUGACCUCUUGAUUAAAGCAGGGCUCUCUGUGGCUCGAAACAAAGUGGAAAAGUUAUUCUAUGAAAGUAGGAUUCGAGUCAAUGGAGAAAAGAUACUUAAGAAGAGUGCACAGUUAGAUGUUGGAGAUGAAGUAGAUGUAAUUCGUAGUUUAAGCCCUAUGAACCCAGAAUUUCUCUUAGUGUCACGGAUUGAGAUCCUGUCAGUGAAAGCUGGAGAAGAACAUAUCGCAGUUAAACUUAGAAGAUUCAAGUCUCUUACUGUUGAAAACUACCGUGACCCAUGGAAAGAAAGUGCUGAUGCUACGUAAUAAAUCUGUAUUACAGUUUCCAGGAGUAUGUUUUUAUUUGUUAUAAAUAUCUUCUGAAUAAAAAUUAAUGUAACAGAAUUUACAAAAUUAAAUAAAAUAAAUAUUUAAUUAAUAUAGUAACAUAAAAUUUAUUAUCAAAGUUUACUGAUUUCAAUUUAAUGUAUUAAAGCAUCUCUAUUGUUGUUAUAGCUAACUCUGCUGUAGUUCCUCCAGCACAUGGCUUUCUAAGAAGGCUUAAUAAGAAGGUACAAUAUAUACAAUAUCAGCUUUAUUGCGAUUUUUAUUGGUUUCUUCCUUAGCCAUGAGAUGGCAUCUUGAUUAUUAAGCUUGUUGUAUAAUGAUGGUAGUAUAAUUUCUGAUGUAGUUAAUAUGUUGUGGUUGUAUUCAGAUUGUUGUCUCUCCUUACUUACACAGAAGAUAUGAAUUCAGGUUUUAGGAAAUGUGUGAAGUUCAGUGAGAUUAUUUUGUGACUGUGUCAGUGCACAUAAUUUACAGUAUGCACAAUUAUUGCAUUGGUUGCCACCUAUCCUCUUCAGGUAGCUGUGAUGAUAGUUGAUUGGAGAUUAAUCUGAUGAGUCAGCUGCAGUGGUAAGAGGAAGUGGUAGUAUACAUUGGAGCCUGAAUUAUAGAAAAUAUACAUUUCAUACGUGAAGUUCUACUUUUUGUGGGGAUAUUUAAAAGGUGAAAUUUAUCAACCUAAUUCAUGCACAGAAGAAGAACUCAGGGAAAACAUACAGCUUUAGGUGUCCCCUAUAUACAAAGAAAAAACUACAGUAUAUGAGCCAGAAUUUGGUAGAAGGUGUAAGGAAUGAAUCUGACCUGAUGGGGAACAUUUUUGGCAUCCCCUGUAAUGAAGAUAAAUACACCAGUAUACAAAGUUAUUGCAGUUCCAUUACCACUGCAGCUAAUUGAAUAGGAAAGGCAGCAGGUGACAAUGUUCUUGCAUAGUGGAAAGGACAUGCAAUGGCACAGCUACAGAAUAAUAUUCUUGUGUGUGAAGAAUUAUGUAGGGUAACAUUUUAUUUAACCAAAUGAAACAACACACUUAUACAAACUUGAAUGUAUAAGGGGUGGGCCUUCUUGGUCCUUGCACCACCACCACCACAGUGAUCUAUUGUGCCUUAUACAAACUUAAUAUAAAUAUUGUGGUAGUGUAUAAACAUAAGCAAACAGCUGACUGCAACUGUUCUGUAUGAAUGUGUAUUUGAGAGGGAAGUGUAUAGAAUAUAGUAUAUGGAUUAGCUAAAUCAUUAGGUAUGAUAAACAUAGACUGAUAAGGCACUCAAGAGUCUAAUAUAUACACAUCAUUUGUCAAGGAAUGUAAACAUCAUAGGUUACCUAUCUGGUCAUGUGGCCUUCAACUUCCAAAUGGCUCCAAUAAAAGAGGACAUGGCAUGUAUUUGUGGCCAACAGACUUGAUGAAAUUUUACAGAAGCUUUUUCCUAUACUACACAACAAUAAACAGUAAAGCUUAAAGUCUAUCAUUAUGUGAAUUUUGAACACUACUCAUGUAUGUGUAACUGUUCUUUGCAUACUGGCCACACUUCUCUUUAUCACCAGUUUAUGACGCUUCCUGUUCAUUUACUUGUGUAACACCUAGAAUUCUCUUACAUUUCGUAUAUUGACAACAGACUGCAAUUAAUAUUUAGAUGCAGAGCAAGCCAUCGAAACUGAAAUAUGUGGGCUCAAAAAAAGUAAAUGUUCUGAAUGCCAAAAUUAUACUGUAUAGAUGUCAAAGUGAAGGAUUACAGUAGACCCUUGUUUUAUGCUGGGGUGAGGUUCCUGGAAAUGCCAGCAUGUACUGAAUCGGCAUAAACGGAAGAUGAAUUACACUGUAUUUGAAUGGGGUGUGUUUCAGGUUUACAAAAAUUGAGACUCUUUCAUAGCAUAAUAAGAAAAACAUAUUUUAAACAUAAACAUAUGUACAUGGAUUUAUAUCACAUUUAUUCUGUAAUAAAAUAUAAUAAUGUAGGUGUUAUGAUGAGAGGAUUGCCCGGUCUGUGGAUUGUUAGAGUCAACUGGAUCAUCUUCUGCCAUUUUUGGAACAAUUGGAGGCUCUUCACAUUUCUUUUUAAAAUAGGAAAGGAGGGUUGUUUGUCUUACUUGGUGCCUCUUCUCCUGCAGAACAUGGUAAUAAUGCUGCAACACUCUAUUGACCCCUCUUCUAGUAGAACAGCUCUGUUUCCAGUCAGGAUCAGUGUCACAUAACUUCUGCAGGCACCAAUCAGUUGCAGCCACAAUGUCUGUCAUCCAUAAAAUUGGCUCUUGUUUUACUUGCUGCUGCUGUUUCUGAGUCAGCUGUGCUGCAAAUUCUUCCAGUUCCUCAGUUGUAAGAGGCUGAGAAUGGCUUUCAAACAAUUUAAUGGAAAACAAAGGCAGUUACUAGAAAAUUUUCAAAUUUGCAUGUAUCACACUGCUGUAAACCAAGGGGCCACUGUAUAUACAUGCUUGCAUAGGAAUAUUAUUCAACCUAAAAAUCAAUUACUUUGUGAACCACGACAGAUAUAAUUAUGUGCUAUUUCUCUAGGAUUUUUCAGUUUAUACAGACUAUGUACAUUAAAGACUGGGUACAUAUAAGCCAUAUAAGCCAAACAUGAUUUUGAUUUAAUUUCUGUAAGAGAUCCAAGUGACUAUGGCUGUGAAGAACAAGUCUACAUAAUGGUUUUUUUUAUUGUUAGUGGGGUGGGACUAAGUC